AUGAAGUUCUCCGCUGUUGCUCUUUCGGCUGUUGCCCCCUUGGCCUCUGCCCACUACUUCUUCGAUUCUUUCAUCGUCGACGGCGUCGCCACCAAGUCUUUCGAGUACGUCCGCGACAACACCCGCCAGGCCAAGUACAACCCAACCAAGUGGGAGAAUGUCCGCGAUGACAUGACGCCCGACGUGAACGACUUCCGCUGCAACAAGGGUGCCUUCACCUUCGCCGGCAAGACUCGCACUAUGGAGGUCAAGGCCGGCUCCAAGGUCGGAUUCAAGCUCGGCGUUGGCGCCACUAUGCAGCACCCCGGCCCGGGCCUCGCCUACAUGUCCAAGGCCCCUACCACCGCUGCGGCCUACGAAGGCGAUGGAGACUGGUUCAAGAUUUACGAAGAGAGUGUGUGCAACAAGAACGGCGCCUUCACUUCUGACGCCUGGUGCACCUGGGACAAGAACUCCAUCGAGUUCACUAUUCCCAAGGACACCCCCGACGGAGAGUACCUCCUCCGCAUCGAGCAUAUCGGUGUCCACGGCGCCCACGUCGGCCAGGCCGAGUUCUACAACUCCUGCGCUCAGAUCAAGGUCACCGGCGGCGGCAACGGCACCCCCGGCCCCAUGAUCAGGUUCCCGGGCGGCUACAAGAAGACCGAUCCCUCGUUCAACUUCAGCAUCUACAACGGCUACAAGGACUACCCCAUGCCCGGCCCUGCUGUCUGGACUGGCGGCAACAGUGGCAGCGCCAACGAGACGGCCCCCGAGCCUGUUCCUGCCACAUCCUCUGCCGCCAUCGCUGCCACCUCUUCUGCUGCCAACUCUGCUGCCGCUGCUGCCACUUCUGCUGUGGCCUCUGCCGCCACCUCUGCGUCUACCGCUACGCCUACCCCUGUGAUUGUCCCCGUCAAUGGCAGCAGCAACAGCACUGCGCAGUCGUCCAACUGCAGCCGCCGCAAGAGAGCCCUUCGCCGCAGUCGUGUCUUUCGCGUCGAGCAGUAA